AUAAAAUAUCUACAACGUUUGGAUUUAAGACAUUUAUAAUCAAUUGCACCAUAUAUAUUUAUAUUUAUAUAAGAGGCAUACCUCUCCAACAAAUUGGAUCACACAUUACACAAAAUUAAUUUAGAGGAAAGAGCAGAGAAAGAAAGAAGUAGAAAUUAGCAGCUUCUCCAUUUAUGGCUUCUACGCCUGGAAUCCUCACUGAGUGGCCAUGGAAGCCCCUUGGAAGCUUUAAGCAUGUGCUAUUGCUUCCAUGGACAAUUAAGAGCACAUACAACUUUGUGACAAAAGAUACUCCAGAAGAAAGAGAUUUGUCCACAUUUCUGGUUUUCCCAUACAUACUUUUUAGAAUGCUUCACAACCAGAUUUGGAUCUCUUUGUCUCGCUACAUCAAUGCCAAAGGCAACAAUCGAAUCCUCGAUAGAGGUCUUGAGUUUGAUCAAGUCGACAGGGAAAAAAAUUGGGAUGACCAGAUAUUGUUUAAUGGGAUCUUAUUUUUCGUGGGAAUUCACACAAUCAAUGGAGCAAAAAACCUACCCUAUUGGAGAACCGAUGGAGUAGUGAUAUCAAUUCUUCUUCAUGUUACUUUAGUGGAGUUCUUAUACUAUUGGCUUCAUAGAGCUCUUCACCACUAUUACUUAUACAAUCGUUAUCACUCUCAUCACCACUCUUCCAUUGUCACUGAGCCCAUUACUUCUGUGAUACAUCCAUUUGCAGAGCACAUAGCGUAUUUUUCGCUGUUUGCAAUUCCCAUGUUGACAACACUGCUAUCAGGAACAUCAUCCAUAGCAUCCUUUGCUGGUUAUCUCUUUUACAUUGAUUUCAUGAACAAUUUGGGUCACUGCAAUUUUGAGAUCAUUCCAAAAAAACUCUUCUCUAUAUUUCCUCCUCUUAAGUACCUCAUGUAUACCCCCUCGUUCCACUCUUUGCACCACACUCAAUUUAGAACCAACUAUUCGUUGUUUAUGCCAUUUUACGACUAUGUAUAUGGAACGAUGGACGAAAGUACUGAUAGUCUGUACGAGAGAUCGUUGAAAAGAGGGGAAGACACAGCCCAAGUGGUGUACUUAACUCAUCUUACAACGCCGGAGUCCAUUUUCCACUUACAAGUAGGAUUUGCCCAUGUCUCAUCAAGGCCCUACGUCUCACCCAAAUGGUACCUCAUGUGGUUCAUGUGGCCCCUCACUCUCUGCUCCAUCAUGAUAACUUGGAUUUAUGGCCGUACAUUUGUUGUGGAGAGGCAUCGUUUUCAUCCACUCAACUUACAAACUUGGGCUAUACCAAAAUACAAGCUCCAAUACUCGUUGCAAUGGCAAAAUGCAUCCAUCAACAGCUUGGUUGAGGAAGCCAUACUUGAAGCUGAGCACAAGGGAGUUAAAGUGCUGAGCCUAGGUCUUUUGAAUCAGAGUGAAGAGCUGAAUGCAUACGGUGCUCUUUAUGUGAAAAGGCAUCCUGAGUUGAAGACCAGAGUGGUGGAUGGCAGUAGCCUCGCAGUGGCUGUUAUCCUCAACAGCAUACCUAAGGGCACAACCCAACUACUUCUUAGAGGCAAAGUUACCAAGGUUGCUACUUCUAUUGCCUUGGCUUUGUGCCAGAAGGGUAUUCAGGUGGCUACAUUGCGAGAUGAUGAGUGUGCCAAACUCAACAACUCAUUAGAUGUUAAUUCAAAGAGUAAUUUGGUUCUCACCAAAAGUACUUCUUACCAGGUUUGGUUAGUGGGAGAUGGAUUAAGUGAAGAAGAACAAUUAAAAGCAUCAAAAGGAACCAUAUUCGUUCCCUUCUCUCAAUUCCAACCAAAGAAAUUGCGUAAAGACUGCUUCUACCACUACACUCCUGCAAUGCUAACUCCUAAAUCUCUCGAGAAUGUACACUCUUGUGAGAAUUGGUUACCAAGAAGGGUGAUGAGUGCAUGGCGUAUAGCUGGGAUAGUACAUGGGUUAGAAGGUUGGAAUGAGCAUGAGUGUGGCAUUCCUACCACUGCCGAUUUGCCUCGCUUUGACAAAGUUUGGGACGCAGCCCUUAGACAUGGCUUUCAGCCUCUCACCAGCAUUUCAUCUGCCUAAGCUAUAAUAAUAUUAAUAAUAUAUACAUGUAUGUUGGCUUUCAUAUUAUUAUUAUAAGUAUAAUCUAGCUAUAGUGGUUUGUUUUUAGUUUUCAAUUCAUAAGAGUAAGGAAUAAUUUAUGUUUAGACAUCAAGAAUUUUCCAGAAAUUAUUAUUUUUGUUUUGGUACUGAAUUGCUAGAAGAAUCCUAUUUCUUGUAAUGGUGUGGUGUGUAUUGUAUGACUAUUUUAUUGCAAUGAAUAUAAAUGUAAACAUUUUAAAUUAUGCUA